CUUUCUACUCAAAAACACAUUUUGCAACUCAAUUACAAUGGUUUAUCCAUCUCCUUUGAAGGCCAGCAUCAGAAAAAUAGCAGACAACGUUGUCAUUGCUUCAUGCCCUUUUUCAAUUUUCGAGUCCGUUCACGUUGGAGCCAGAAUGGCUCUUAUCAAACAUGGAAAGGACAUUACAAUCUGGUCUCCUUUGAAAUACAGCGAAGCCGUUUUCCAGCAAGCCCUUCAAUUACUUGCCGGCGAUGAGAAGGUCAACAUAACCAACAUCGUAGUUGUAAACGUUAAGCAUUGUAUGGCUGCUGGCGAAUACAAGAAAGUAUUCCCCGAUGCAAAGAUCAUCGCAUCCCAGGCUACCAAGUUGGCUGAAGGUGUCGAAGUUGAUGUCAAAGUCACCUACAAGUGGGGUGCUGGAAAGUUGCUCGGAAAGCAAGAAUUAACCGAGAUUGGUAUCACUAGCUCUUCUUUUACAGAUAACUUUCAAUUAGUUUACAUGGACAAGCACAAGAACAGAGAGUUGAUCUUACACGAUACCACCUCUAAGACUUUGUUCGUGGGUGACACCUUGUUCAACUUGGGAAUCCCAGGUACAACAACGGGAGAAGUAAAGUUGGAGCAAUUCUCGGAAGAAGCUGGUGUUCCCGGCAAGUUCUUUCCUCAUUCAGGUUGGUCCUUCUUAACUCGUUACUUACAACCUGAAAGCAGAGUUGGUAAAUAUAUCAUGAAGGAUCUUGUCCAAAUCAAGACAGAAGAAUCCAAGUUGGCACUUAAGACCAUUGGUGACCUUGAUUUCGACAGAAUUGUUAUGUGCCACGGCAAUGUCAUUGAUAAAGAUGGGAAGGCCGUCUUUAAUAAGCUUUUUAAUAGCAGCUUAUAA